AUGCCUGCGUUUGCGACAUAUCUGAAAGCGGAAGAGAAAGAGAGAUUGGCAUCAGUCGCCAAGAAAAUUGUUGCCCCUGGGAAGGGUCUUCUCGCAGCAGAUGAAAGUAUAGGAACCAUUGGAAGUCGCUUCAAAAAGAUCGGUGUGGAGAAUUCUGAAGAAAACAGGCGGUUGUACCGCCAAUUGUUGUUCACUUCGGAUGAUUCUCUCUCUGAGCACAUUUCCGGCGUCAUUCUGUUUCACGAAACAUUCUAUCACGUGGCCGAUGAUGGUGUGCGUUUGGUUGAGCAUUUGGAGAAGAAAGGUAUCAUUCCGGGAAUCAAGGUGGACAAAGGCGUGGUCCCGCUAGCCGGGACUUUCGAAGAGUGUACCACCCAAGGCCUCGAUGGUUUGGCUGAUCGAUGCGCGAAAUACUAUCAGGAUGGCGCCAGGUUUGCUAAAUGGAGAUGCGUUCUGAAAAUCGGACCACAUACUCCCAGCUAUCAAGCGAUGAUGGAAAAUGCCAACGUUCUGGCGAGAUAUGCUUCCAUCUGUCAACAGAAGUCAUCUUGCUGAAGUAUGCGAACGACGUAAUCCUCGGCGUCCGUCAUCCAAGCAUGGAGCUAUCGGCCAAACUACAAACCCUCCUGGACAACCUCACAGCUUGGUCAAAUCCCAUUGGCUACCGUGCAAUACCUCAAAACGCAGGGAUGUCCCUUUUUUGCUGUUUAAAGGCAUUCGCUGCAAGCAGAUCCUAACGCAUUAUCCGCAACUUUGCAUUGACAGUGCAUGUUUGACCUCU